CCUCCUUAUAUUGAAGCCUCAACAUUUCCUUUGCGAUCAUUUUGUGAAGGCCGUUUCCGCCAUUAAAGAGCUUUAUACAAACUAAGGUUUACCCAUAGAGAAAGACCAAGAAGCUUGCUUUAUUUUUGCAAGAGCGGAAAAACAUGCUACAAAAGUAAAGGUUGGCUUUUGCUUUGGCGAACUGUAAAGAAAAAGGAUUGAGCUUCCAUAUAUUGAGGGACUUAAAGAAGUUUUUUCAGCGUUGAUGAUAUGAAUGUCUCUUGGAACCCUCAUCUUGAGUUAUUCAACUUCAAUGAGGCAGACAUGAAUGUCUCUCGGAACCCUCAUCUUGAGUUAUUCAACUCCAAUGAGGCAACUGUCUUUUCCAGAUACAACUCAAGCCCUCAGAACUUUGUAAAAGUUGAUGACUUCUUCAACUUCAAUGAGGCAUCUAGUGAUUCUACCAAUUCCAAAUACAACUCAGAUGAGUUGUUCAACUUCAAUGAGGCAUCUCGUGAUUCCACCAAGACAAUAAGUGAUGAUAUCACAAACCAUAAAUGGUUGUCUUGCUUCAUAGAAGAUGUGUACUUUAGGUCCUCAGAGUCCCUUGCUAAAGUACAGGCUAGCACCCCAUUGAAGCAAGAACAAGUAACAAGCUCCAUGUUAGAUAAAAGGGUGGAGAUUUGGAGACAGUCCAGCACCCCAUUAGAACAAGUAACAAGCUCCAUGUUAGAUAAAAAGGUGGAGAUUUGGAGACAGUCCAGCACCCCAUUAAUGCAAGAAGUUGAGAAAGAACAAGUAACAGGCUCCAUGUUAGAUAAAGAAGUUGAGAAAGAACAAGUAACAGGCUCCAUGUUAGAUAAAAAAGUUGAGAAAGAACAAGUAACAGGCUCCAUGUUCGAUAAAGAAAUGAAGAAUUGGAUACUGCCCAGCACCCCAUUAAGGCAAAAACAAGUAAGAGGAUCCAUGUUAGAUAAAAAAGUGGAGAUUUGGAGCUCAGAUAAUGAGCCCACCUCUGUUCUUGAUGCAAAAUUUUCCGACGAUUCUCCUUCCCAUGAAAACACCUCGAGCGAGAUGGAGAUUUGGAGAGCAGACAAUGAACCCACCUCAGUUCUUAAUGCAAAAUUUUCCAAUGAUACAACCCAUGAAAACACUUUGAGAGAUAUGGAUCUUGAAGACAACUUCAGCUCCAUGACUGAUCCAAUCUAUUCAGAGCCUACCCAUCACAAGACACUUCAAGUGGAGGAUACAAACAUCAUCACCACCUGCAAGUUUGAGAAAGACUUUUCUGAAAUCCCCCGUGAGAAAUCUCUGAGAUUGAUGAGUGGAAUUGAUAGCUUCUCCACUGUGAUUGAUCCAAACCCUAACGAUAUCGAACCUACAAGCCAAUUCAUAGUUAAAAAUUCAGAAUCCCCAGAUUACAAGACCUUGAAUUUGAAGUCCACAGAUAGCAAUGACGCCUGGGAUUUUAACGUUCCCUUUCCAGAAAUCCCAGAUGCAAAGACUUUGCGAUCAAUUGCUCAAGAUUAUCGCUCGUCCACUAUGUUUGAUACACCAUAUCCAAAACGAAGUAGAAGUAGAAGAAAACCAAGAAAGUUUUGGCAUCUGCUUGUUCCAAACACUUCAAAGAAGCAACGUCAAUUCAGAGACAGACUCAAUAAACUCUCAAUAUCUCAAAUUAUGAUUUCGGGGGAAUCAUCAAGGUUUGUAAGGAGAUGCAUGCAUUGCUUCACAGAGAAGACCCCUCAGUGGAGGAAGGGCCCUCGUGGGCCAAAGACUCUUUGCAAUGCAUGUGGCGUUCGGUACAUGUCCGGUAGGCUCCUACCUGAAUACCGACCAGCAGAUAGUCCUACUUUUGUUCCUUCUCAACAUUCAAAUUCCCAUAGAAAGGUGAUCCAGAUGAGUAGUCGGAAACCAAGAAAAUUUUGGCAUCUGCUUGAUGCAAACACUUCAAAGAAGCAACGUCAAUUCAGAGACAGACUCAAUAAACUCUCAAUAUCUCAAAUUAUGAUUUCGGGGGAGUCAUCAAGAUUUGUAAGGAGAUGCAUGCAUUGCUUCACAGAGAAGACCCCUCAGUGGAGGAAGGGGCCUCAAGGGCCAAAGACUCUUUGCAAUGCGUGUGGUGUUCGGUACAUGUCUGGUAGGCUCCUACCUGAAUACCGACCAGGAGAUAGUCCUACUUUUGUUCCUUCCCAACAUUCCAAUUCCCAUAGAAAGGUGAUCCAGAUGAGGCAAAGAAGGGGAAUACAUUAG